UUGAAUCCACGCAUACACACACCGUGCUUUCUACCAUCACACAAACACACACCCGGGCUACUUAUGCCUCUUGGUACCAAAGCCUGAACGCGUUCCCAGCCACCAGUGCGCUGCGUUGGGCUCCUUGCUGCUGCCGCUGCUGGUGGUGGUGCUGCUGCUUGCUGGAGGAAGAGGGCAGCAUCCAUGCCUCCAGAUUGCCUCUCACACGUCGGCCUGGACCUGUUCUCGUCAUCGGGCCUCUCGCGCUGAGAUAAUGAAAGGAUGGCCGAGCUGCGAUGCGGCGGGGACCACAGUGGAGGGCUGACGGAUGCUGCUGCGGCAGCGGCUCGCCGGGAUGAGCAGCAGCAGCAUCAUCACAACACGAUGAGUUCGCCGGAGGAAGCCGGAGCGAAGGACCUGUCCUUGGAUGAGAUCCUGAGGCUUUACAGCCAGCCCAUCAACGAGGAGCAGGCAUGGGCGGUGUGCUACCAGUGCUGCAGGACGCUGGCGAAGGAACACCGGAGCAGAAGGAGCUCCGCCGCCUCCGCCGCCGCCGCCACCGCCACCGCCUCCGCCUCGACCGGAGCAUCACCAAUAGCGGCUCCGCAGAAGAUAUCCGGACCGGAGGAUGUUAGGAUACAGAAAGACGGGUCUGUGAGGGUGGAACACCGGGGCUGUGAAGGUAAAUACAGCCCUUGCACGACAACAGAGGUGAUUGAAUCUCUGGGAAUAAUGAUCUACAAGGCUCUGGACUACGGGCUCAAGGAGAACGAGGAGAGGGAGCUCAGUCCUCCUCUUGAGCAGCUCAUUGACUUCAUGACGAACAUGGCCGAAGCCGAGGGGGACUGUCCCGACGAAGGCUACGAGGCCACGGAGGAAGAGGACGAGGCGGAUGAUGACCCCGACAACCUCACCAGUGUUCACGGCUACAGAGAUAUCCUCAAGUUGUGCACAGCUCAUCUUCCCAGUAUGUCAGAUGCCCCCAGUCACUACCAGGCAGUGUGUCGGGCUCUCUACACAGAAACGAAGGAGCUACGCACCUUCCUGGAGAAGAUCAAGAGUGCCAAAGAGAACCUUCGUAAGAUGGAAGAGUCGUCGGAGGAUUCUGGCCGAGACCUGAACGAGCUACAGAACGCUGACUGGGCUCGAUUUUGGGUUCAGGUGAUGCGGGACCUUCGUGACGGUGUCAAGUUAAAGAAGGUGCAGGAGCGUCAGUACAACCCCCUGCCCAUCGAGUAUCAGCUCACGCCCUACGAGAUGCUCAUGGACGACAUCAGGUCCAAACGCUACAAACUGCGCAAAGUCAUGAUUAAUGGAGAUAUCCCACCGAGGUUAAAGAAAAGUGCUCAUGAAGUCAUCCUGGAGUUCAUCAGGUCCAGACCGCCGCUCAAUCCUGUGUCGGCUCGUAAGCUGAAGCCACAGACUCAGCCUCCUCCAACGCUGCACGAGCGGAUCCUGGAGGGGAUCAAAUCCGAGAGGAAACUUCGCCCGGUGUCGCCCGACGUGGUCCGCCGGGGGAGGCUGGGUUUUGGCAAAACUCGCAGUAUGCCACAGGAUUUGUUCCGUACGGGAAUAGAUGAGUUUAGCCCAUACAUGGGCAGGAGAGCGUCCAGCACUCUGUCUCUGAUCAACGGGUCGGCGUCUCCCAGAGCAGAACCCUCCGGGUCUCAGUCCGUCCCACCGAGGAAGAAGCUUCUGAAGGCUCCCAGCCUCGCCGAGCUGGACAGCUCCGACUCUGAUGAAGAGAUUGCUGGCCGCAAAUCCGCAAGCAGCUCCAGUGUGGCGACAUCUUUGAUGGAUGACACGUCGCCAGAAUGUGCGCUGGGGAAGAAAACUCCGCCCAUGUUCCUGCCCAUCUCCUCUACACCUCAGCCAGAAAGGCGUCAGACUCCCCAGAGGAGACACUCAAUUGAGAAGGAAACACCGACCAACGUCCGACCGUUUCUGCCGCCGUCCAAACAGAACUCCAAGUCUCUGGUUGGCUUCUAUUAUUCUGCUUUCCCGCACGCACCUCCACCUUCUCUCGUUCAGGUCGGGACGGUAGCGACAAUUCGCUCCUGGAUUCCCUCCUCCCUCCCGCUCCUCCUCCUCCUCCUCACACGCCCUUCUCCCUCCGUUCUCCACCCUUUGCGGAGCUCCCACCCUAUCGAGGCAUUUGCGUUGGGGUUGAUGAGGGCAGGUUUUGCUCUGUGCGGGAGCGUUUACAUCAGACGGAGAGAGUCAGCCAAGGAGGAGUUCUGUUUCCCCGUGGAGUGUCUCUCUCUGACGGUGGAGGAGGUGAUGCACAUCAGACAGGUGCUUGUGAAGGCAGAGCUGGAGAAGUUCCAGCAGUACAAAGAAAUCUACACUGCAAUGAAGAAAGGAAAGCUUUGCUUCUGUUGUCGAACCAAAAGGUUUUCCUUUUUCACCUGGUCCUACGUCUGCCAGUUCUGCAAAAAGCCUGUAUGUUCACAGUGCUGCAAAAAGAUGCGACUGCCGUCCAAACCUUACUCCAGUUUGCCCAUUUACUCCAUUGGCUCCACCAACACUCUUCCCAGGGAGAGAAUAAGUGCCAUGUCCGCUAUAGGACAGGGGCUGUCCGUGGCCGGAGACCCGGGGCCAUCAGCAGUGGGAGGAGAAACUGCUUCCCCGUCUUUGAAAGGAGCAACAAAAGCAGCGUCUAAAGGAGCGGGUAAAGGUUCUGGAUCACCGGCAGCAGCCGCUAAACCUGAGAAAUCGUCCGGCAGUGGGCAGCGCCACGGCAUCCAGAAAACCAUGUCCAAGCUUUCGAAGCACGGCUCUUUAAAAUCUCACGAGGAACUGGAGCUUCCCUCUGAGCUGACGGAGGACUGGGCCACCAUGGAGGUCUGUGUGGACUGCAAGAAGUUCAUCUCCGACAUAAUCGCCUCCAGCAAGCACAGUUUGUCACUGGCCACCAAGAGGGCUCGCUUAAAACGCAAGACUCAGUCCUUCUACCUGUCCUCCCCAAAAGGAAGGGAGGAAUACCGGCCCUCUGAACGAACAAUCAACGAAAUCUGAAGCUCUUUGUCCAUCUGACUGGCUGCUUCCAGCUCCCUCCAGUGGCAAAGUUACACUGGAUAUGAUUUUAGCAUCUAUGCCGACUUGAGUCAAAGCGAGCUACCAGAAUGGCUCUGGUUUUUGUUGUCACGUCCUGAUCAUCGUGUACAUCUACUCCAGACAGCACUCGGUAGAUCUACCAGUAGAGUAAACGCCGGCCACAGACAUUAAACUAAAAGAGGAGGACAGAUUAGAAAUCAAAGGGGGCCGACUUCCCUGUCCUCUGAUAGCACAACACAGUGGUCGACCCUAUCUCACGUUCAAAUCAAAGCACAAUACAGAUGAGAGACUGUGGUGUAAACUGGGUGAUGCUCAAGAAAAUAUGUCUGGGUUUUGUAUGGGCUAUAAUUUAGUUUUUUACGUGUGUGUGUGUAUGUGUGCAGUAAAUGAUUGUUCGAUAAGAUGUCACCCUGUUUUAAUUUUUGUUUUUUUGUCAUGAAACGCAGCAUUGCCCACAUUAUGUGUCCCUCCCCAGAUUGCACCACGAAAAAGGAAAUCAAUGGUUAUGUACUAUAAUCCCAGAUGAUAUGAGUUCACAUGAGGUGUUGCCCUCCUAGAGUUGGCACUUUUGGAUUUCUUUUGUUGCGCACGAGAAAGUUGAGAAACCCGUCCAUAUCUGCAUUAUAUAAUAAUGUCUGGUCCCACUGAGCCACGUUUCUUCAAUUGACUCAUAGAAUCUAGGGUUACAAUAAAUAACCACUUUACUCAUUUGCACAGGUUACGCCCCCUAAAAGCCGUUACUAUGGGGAUGAGGGUGUCAUGUGAGGUCAGUGCCACAUGAUGGCACUAAAGAUUCACAAGUAGAAAACAAAAAAUUACUCCAUGAGUUUUUCCAGCUGCUUCAGUGAAGGGAAGACGUUUGUGGAGUGAAACCACUGAUAAAGUCAAAAGUCCGUUUUUUUUAUGCUAAUUAGUGCCAAAUAAUAGCUUUCUUCUCAUCUGCACAGUGUGUCACCCAAGGAAAAGUUGAUUCCCCCGAUGGAUUUUUGAAGUAGUCUGCCUCUUCAAAAUAAAAUAUUGAGGCAAUGCUCAAAAUAGAGAUAUUAUACAUAUUAACAUAACAUAUCGGGUGUUUUUAUUAAUACUUUAACACUCAAAAAGUCACUUGUUUGCUUUUUUGGAAAUCUGUGUUUCCAACAGAGCCCCAUACACUUAAAAUCAGAGGCAUAAAUAAAGAAAAUAAGAACGUUUUAGACCCUUUAAAGCACAUUGACUCUUCAUUAUAAUCAUUAUUUACUCAUUUGCACAACUGGAAUAAAAAUAUUUUUACCUACAGAAUCAUGUCUAGGUUGUUUCAGACUUGCCUUUUCUGUGCAUAUACUUGUUUUGUUUUUUUAAUGUACCUUUUCAGUACACAAUAUGUUCUAACUCCUUUUCUUCACACUGAGAUGUUGACUUGUCUUUGUAUGUUUGUAUUGUGUAAAUAUCAGUAAUAAUUAAAUGCCUCAUGUACAGACAGUUAAACCCAGUUCACUGUAUAGGCAGCAAAAAACAAAAAAACAACAACAACACACUGUCCUGCUGUGUAACACAUACACAAAUCUUAAUAUAAUGUCUUUAUGAUUUAUCCUUUGUCAUUCAGAUCCUUGUUGGCAGAAAGCAACAUCUGCCUCGUCACCUGGGUGCUUAUUUGAUUCAUCCUCCGUAUAUAUAUAUAUAUUUAUGCCUUAAAAGUUGCCUUUUAGUCACUCACACAUUGAACAGUCAUCUACUGUUACUGUACAUACUUUGUUUCCAAUGAUUUGUUUGUAGAUCACUUACUCGUGUGUUGCAUCGGUGACGACGGUGAGAUGUGCUGCACAUCUGCGUCUCUGAAGGGGAAACUGUCCCAGUGCAUUGUGUUCAGGUCUGAGUUCAGGGGAGGAGCAGAAGUCUGCAGAAGGAAAAAAAUAAAAAUAAAUAAAUAACCUCAAGGUGUGACAGACAGCAUCAUGCAUGUACUACAGUGUAGCUUGUACCUUCAGUCUGUAUUACCUUCAAGCUAUAGCUCCCUGCAGAGAGUGCAGCAAAUGAUGACUACAAUAAUAAAAUGUAAUGCAAUACCUGA